AUACAACGAUUUUAACAAACAAGGUCUUAUUUUAAAAAUGAAAAUUUAAACGAGGACAUGGCUUUUUCGAAUUUUUUAAAAUGCUUUAUUUUCAUGUAUAAGUUAUUUUCCAUAAAACACCAUUUUCUGACACAAUUUUUUUAUAAAGAAAAGAAAACUUUUCAAAAGUUCGAAAAAACCAUGUGCUCGCUUGAACCUUCAUCUUUAAAAUGAAAUCUUGUUUAUCAAACCGUUCAAUAAUUACUUCUAUACUCAUUGUUAACAUAAAUCAUUAUAAAACUAGAGGUGAUUUUUAACAUAAAAGAAAGUGUUCUUCUAAAUAGUUUUCUAUUAUUAUCAUCAAUCUCGCUUUCUACUGGCUACAUUUUGCUAUUAUGUCAAAUAUUAUUACAUCAUUAUUAGAAUAUUAUCGAAGAACAACAAACAUGUGUAACAGAAUUGGAUCUUAGAUAUGUUAUAAUGCACACAAUUUUCUUUAAUUGAUAAUAUAAUCUUUGAAAAAGAAAUUACAUGAUGUUAAACCUGUAUUUUCUUCGACGUAUGCAAGUACGAAAUUUUUCAGUAAAAGUAGAAGUAAAACUUAAUGAUAGUACAAAUACUUUACUUGAAAAUAAGUUAUUAAAGCAUCGACAUCAUCCUGGAAUUAUAAAACCACGAGUUGUAGAAGUACCUGAAUGGAUUAAAAAUUCAAUUCAGAUAGUUUUAAAAGAUUCAAAAAUUCCAACAUCAUAUUUAUGGGAAGGUGGACAAAAAUUGAUGAAACAUUUACUUGGUAGAUUUAUACCAGAUAUACAACCAAAUUUACAGGAUAGAAAAACAAGAUCACAAGCUACUAUAUAUUCUUCUAAUUUGAAUGAAAGGAAUGAAGAUAUUAUUGAAUAUAAUAUGAACAAUAAUUCAAAAUUAGCUAAAGAAAAACAGCAAUUGCAUAAUUCAGCUAUUACUAUUGAUUAUAACAGACGAACUGGUUUGUUAUAUAUAGUUGGUAGAAGUCAAUAUGAGUAUUGUGCUGUAUAUAAAGUCUUAAAUCAAAUUAAAAGUAAGAAUGUAAAUUUUAAACCUCAAACUUUAUUUGAUUUUGGAUCCGGAAUUGGAACAGUUAUGUGGUCAGCAUCUCAACUUUGGUCUGAUUCUUUAAAAGAAUACUUUGGUGUAGAUUCUUCUUCUGAAAUGAAUGAUUUAUCAGAAGAAUUAAAUAAAUAUAAUACUCAUCCAAUUAAAAACAUUUUCUACAGACAAUUUCUUCCUGCACUUCCCGUGCCAACUUAUGAUAUUGUUGUUAGUUCAUUUUCUUUAUUGGAACUACCUGAUACAAAGACUCGUUUUGAUGUUAUACAAAAACUUUGGGCUAAAGUUCAAGAUUAUCUUGUUAUUAUUGAAGAUGGAACAAAUGCAGGAUUUACAGCAGUGAAUGAAGCACGUGAUAUUAUACUGUAUAAUAUUUUGAAGUCAGAUAAGUCAAAUAAUAAUAAUUGUGCUCAUGUUUUUGCACCUUGUCCUCAUGAUAUGAAAUGCCCAAGAUAUUACACAGAUGAUAUUCCUUGCAAUUUUGAGAUUUCUUAUUAUACUUUACCAUUGUCAGGUCCUUCUUUUUUAAAAAAACAACGCUAUUCUUAUGUCAUAUUAAAGAAAGGUGUACGAUCAGAUAGUGAUAACCAAUGGCCACGUAUUGUACAGCCAACAUUAAAACGAUCCAAGCAUGUAAUAUGUCGUACAUGCACAGCUAAUGGGACAUUAAAAGAAAUCAUAUUCACCUCUUACAAAUAUGGAAAGAAUGCAUAUCGUUGUGCAAGAGUUAGCCAAUGGGGAGAUUUGUUACCUAUAGAGAUUAGUACAGAUAAGUUACAUGAAUGAAGAGUUUUUAUUUUUUACUAUUGUAAUUAAAAUAAAAUAAUAAAUGUAAUUAAAUUUAUAAUAAA